AUGAGAUUGUGGACUCGUGGUUGGUGGUCUGGUUCUAGACUCUCUGAGGUGUUGCAAUUAGAAGAAGAUAGGGUCCACCACUUACUCAUCCUAAAUUCACUCUAAUUUAUUGAAGAAACUUCCGAAGUGUGUAUAAUCAAUUGAUAUGACUGCAAUCACACACAUAUAUAUAGACCUUCAUCCCUCUGUUUCCAUGCUUGGAUCAAUAGAGUUUCUUUCCCUAAACCACUUUAAUUCUUGCAAUGGGUUUUCGUUUCACUAAACUUGCACUUGCAUUAACAUUAAUCGUAGCGUUAAUGUCAAGCAUGGUGGGUUUUUCGAUGGCGGUUUCAGACAAAGACAGAGAGGAAUGUGCAGAGCAAUUGGUGGGAUUAGCUACAUGUCUGCCUUACGUUGGAGGUAAUGCGAAAAGUCCAACGCCAGAUUGUUGCAAUGGUCUAAAGCACGUGCUUAAAGACAAGAAGAAGUGUUUAUGUGUGAUUAUUGUGGAUAGAAAUGAUCCUGAUUUAGGUCUCAAGAUAAAUGCCACUCUUGCUUUAGGGCUUCCCUCUGUUUGCCAUGCAAGUGCCAACGUUUCCCAAUGCCCUGGUCUUCUACACUUGGCUCCUAAUUCUCCAGAUGCUCAAGUUUUCUAUGAGUUCGGUAAUCGGUCUAAUCAGAGUAGCAGCACCCCAGUCCCCGCCCCUACUCCUGAUGAAAGGGGCAACAGCCGAGGACAAAUUGCUCAAACAAGGAGUCGUGGAUGUAGCAUUUCAAAACGAUGGAUUGGGUUUGGGUUUGAGAUGGUUUCUUUGGGAUUUUCACUUUGGUAUUUCCUUUAUCCACACUUGUUCACAUAGCUGUAUAUGUCUAUUUGGUUCUGAUGGAUCAUUGUAAUAUUGGGAAUUCUCAACUUUCAAUUUAAUUUUAGUUUUAGCUUUGCUUCCA